GAGGGGAGUAGGGGAUGGGUUACUUGUCUCCUCAGUUAGUUCUGUCCUUCCAGUGUGCCUGCAUCAGUCUGGUACCCCCUUAUUCCAUUUCUGGUCUCCUUCAAAGAGGCCUUAACUAGGGGCACUGCUAGUCUCCUGGUGGCCCAUGGGCCAUUGCCCACCCCUGCCCUGCUGAGAUGCAUUCGACUUCACUGGCCACCCCAUCCCCCACCCGGACCCCCAGUGCUGUGGAGAGGCUCGAGGCAGACAAGGCCAAGUACGUCAAGACCCAGCAGGUGAUUGCCCGGCGCCAGGAGCCAGCCCUUCGUGGGGGAACGGGCCCCCUGACCCCUCACUCCUGCAAUGAGCUGGAGACCCCACCCUCACCAAGGCCCCUUGGGCCAGCCCGAAGAGGAAGUGGAAAGCGGCUUCUGAGGCCCGACUCCCUCAUCAUUUAUCGGCAGAAACGGGACUGCAAGGCAGUGAACAAGGAGAAUGCCAAAGGGCAGAGCCUGGUGCGACGCCUCUUUCAGGGAGCUUCCCCAGAUUCUCCUGGAACCCCCAGCCCAGUGGAGCGUGUGGCCCCAGUGCCCCAAGCAGCGUGGGGCACAGCUGGGAAGGGUCCAGGAGCCCCCCAGCCCACAUCUCCUGAGUCGGGCAAGCGAGCCCUCUGUCCCACGUGCUCCCUGCCCCUGUCCGAGAAAGAACGUUUCUUCAACUACUGUGGGCUAGAGCGGGCACUGGUGGAGGUGCUGGGUGCUGAGAGAUUCUCACCCAAAACCUGGGAGACAGAUGCCAGCCCUCCACUGGGCAGGCCCAGCUCUGAGGGUGGCAGCGAGUGGGAUUCGAGUGGAGGUGAUGGUGGCGGUGGAGACUCUGAGGUGGGCAUGUCUAGAGAUGGGCAACCCCCUGUAUCUGUGGUGGAACGCAACGCCAGGGUCAUCAAAUGGCUCUAUGGGUGCCAGCGGGCUCGGGCACCCCCCCUGGAAUCAGAAGUGUGAGUGGGUGGGAAGGGAGAGGACGAGGAGUGGGCAUAGGAGCUGGGCUCUGCCCUGCCCAUUGGGGUGGCACAGACCCUGAGAAUCAUAGGAGGGGGCACUCUGUAGGGGACAGCAUUGGCACCCCAGGCCUGGUGCUCUGGCUGAGGGGGCGGGACCCGGGCUGGAGUAACUGGGGAGAGUGAGUGAGGGUAACUCCGUGGCCCCUGUGGAGGCUUGG